ACCAUAGUUGUCGUAGUGGAUUGUGAUUGGCUGUUUGUGCUGUAUAUUGCUUGUGCGCUUACUAUGUGGUUCUCUUUCUUUCACGCGUCCAUGGUACGAGAAAAUCUUGUCUUUAAACCAGCUUUUUAAGCGAUCCUUCGAAGCACUGCAAAGAUGCCGAGGGAAGACAGGACCACGUGGAAGUCCAACUAUUUUAUGAAAAUCAUCCAAUUGCUGGAUGACUACCCCAAAUGCUUCAUCGUCGGCGCCGACAAUGUGGGCUCCAAGCAGAUGCAGGCCAUCCGUCUGUCCUUGCGUGGGAAGGCUGUGGUGCUCAUGGGUAAAAACACCAUGAUGCGCAAAGCCAUCCGCGGCCACCUGGAGAACAACCCCGCCCUGGAGAAGUUGCUGCCCCACAUCAAGGGAAAUGUGGGCUUUGUCUUCACCAAGGAGGACCUGGCUGAGAUCAGGGACAUGCUACUGGCCAACAAGGUGCCAGCUGCUGCCCGUGCCGGCGCUAUUGCCCCCUGUGAUGUGACUGUGCCAGCCCAGAACACUGGGCUGGGUCCUGAGAAGACUUCCUUCUUCCAGGCCCUGGGCAUCACCACCAAGAUCUCCAGAGGAACUAUUGAAAUCCUGAGCGAUGUGAUGCUCAUCAAGCCUGGAGACAAGGUGGGAGCCAGCGAGGCCACGCUGCUCAACAUGUUGAACAUCUCGCCCUUCUCCUUCGGUCUGCUCAUCCAGCAGGUCUAUGACAACGGUAGUGUCUACAGCCCUGAGGUGCUCGACAUUACUGAGGAUGCUCUGCACGCCAGGUUCCUGGAGGGUGUGCGGAACAUAGCCAGUGUGUGUCUGGAGAUCGGAUACCCCACUCUGGCUUCUGUCCCUCACACCAUCAUCAACGGAUACAAGAGGGUCCUGGCUGUCGCCGUGGAGACUGACUACUCCUUCCCCCUGGCAGACAAGGUGAAGGCCUACCUGGCUGACCCCACUGCCUUCGCUGUCGCUGCUCCUGUGGCUGCGGCAGAGACUGCCGCUGCCCCAGCCGCCGCCAAAGAAGAGGCCAAGGAGGAGUCUGAGGAGGGCUCGGACGAUGACAUGGGCUUCGGCCUGUUUGACUAGACGGCAGUCAACUCCACUCCUAUGGUUGCUAUCCAAAUUCAAGAAGAUCAUUUGAAUUAAAAUAAAUAACAUCUAGAAAAUCAA